AUGAUAGACUGUCCAAGUUUUUUUGGUGUUGAUAUUGUCGAAGUAUCGGUGAUGGAGGGAGAUCCAGUCACUCUAUACACUGAUGUUGAAACAAACCAGCAAGAAGAUAUUAAAUGGUAUUUUAAUGACAUUCGAAUGGCUGAAAUCAGUGGAGAUCUCAGUGAUAUCUGUACAGAUGUUCAGUGUAAUGAAGGUACUGAGAGAUUCAGAGACAGACUGAAGCUGGAUCAUCAGACUGGAUCUCUGACCAUCAGAGACAUCAGAACCACAGACUCUGGACUCUAUGAACUAAAGAUCAUCAGCAGCUUCAGCAUCAGUGAAAAGACCUUCAAUGUUACUGUUUACGGCGUUUCUGCUUCUGAACAAGAUGAAAAGUCAGUGAACGAGGGAGAAUCUGUCACUUUAGAUCCUGGUCUAGGAAGACAACCAAAUGAGGUGAUGAGAUGGUAUUAUAAAGACAUUCUCAUUGCUGAAAUCACUGGAUAUCUGAGUAAGAUCUGUACAGAUGAUCAGUGCAAAGAGAGAUUCAGAGACAGACUGCAGCUGGAUCAUCAGACUGGAUCUCUGACCAUCACAAACACCAGAACCACAGACGCUGGAGUUUAUACACUACAGAUCAGCAGAAGCCUUCGUCGCAGCAACAGUGCUUUCAGUGUGAAGAGCUUUGGUGUUAACAUUGCUGUUAUUGUUCCAGAUUCAGGUCAGUCUUCAGCUGUUGCAGCAGGAAUAGCUGUUGCUGUCUUUCUGCUUUUGGCUGCAUCUGCUGCUGUUGUUGUGAUUUACUAUCGCAAGCGUCGAGCGAGAAGAGAAGACAGCAGGAUGCAGAACAGUGGUCAGGUAAGAUACUAUAGCCUCAUUCAGACUGUCAGUUCAAGUCCAAUUUUUGUACAUAUCUCAAAUGGAAUCUGAUCAUAUUUAGGGCCGGAUUUAGGUCAAGGUAUCUUUAUUAGUACCCAAAGGUAAAUUUGUUGUGCAGACAAGAA